CCCUUUUUAGUCAUUCCAGUCCUUAUCCUUCUUUCUUUAUGUCUUCUUCGAACUCAUUAACCCAUCUUCCAUCCUUCGCCCCGCCGCCUUCCCUCUUCCUUCCUGCAAACAUCCAUUAGGCAUUAGCAUUGGUACCCAUCUUCUGCAUGUCAACAAUGGCCGCCGCCGCCUCCUCCGCCGCAAUCCCCAAUCCCUCCUCCGCCUUCUCCACUGCUUCCUCCACCACCAGAUCUCCUCUCUCCAUCCUCCGCCCGUCAUUCUCUUUUCCCCUCCGUCCAUCUCCUCGCCAAUCACUCCAAAUCUCCUGCUCCACCAACUCGAAAUCCACCGCUGCGGCUUCUCCCUCCGUCACCACCAUAGAUCCUUCGCUUUCGAUCCCUAGAUUUUCCCCCGACGAGCCCCGGAAGGGUGCCGACAUCCUCGUGGAAGCUCUCGAGCGCGAGGGAGUCACCGAUGUGUUCGCCUACCCGGGCGGUGCUUCCAUGGAGAUCCACCAGGCUCUCACUCGCUCCAGAACCAUCCGAAACGUCCUUCCCCGCCACGAGCAAGGCGGAGUUUUCGCCGCCGAAGGCUACGCUCGUUCCUCCGGCAAGCCUGGCGUCUGCAUCGCCACCUCCGGCCCCGGGGCCACCAAUCUCGUCAGCGGCCUCGCCGACGCGCUCCUCGACAGUGUCCCACUCGUCGCCAUUACCGGCCAGGUGCCGCGCCGCAUGAUUGGAACCGACGCAUUUCAGGAGACUCCGAUUGUUGAGCAGCUAGCUGUUCCUGACUGGGAGUGUGAGAUGAAGUUGCCUGGUUACUUGGCUAGGUUGCCUAAGCCGCCUUGCCAGUCGAAUUUGGAGGUCAUUACUAGGUUCAUUUCAGAGUCCAAGAAGCCUGUGUUGUACGUGGGAGGAGGGUGUUUGAAUUCGAGCCAAGAGUUGAGCAAGUUCGUUGAGCUAACUGGGAUUCCUGUGGCCAGCACUUUAAUGGGGCUUGGAGCUUUCCCUGUAUCGGAUGAGCUGUCAUUGUCAAUGCUUGGGAUGCAUGGAACUGUCUAUGCAAAUUAUGCGGUGGAACACAGUGAUUUGCUGCUUGCUUUUGGAGUGAGGUUUGAUGAUCGCGUGACAGGGAAACUCGAAGCUUUUGCAAGCAGAGCCAAGAUUGUUCACAUUGAUAUCGAUCCAGCUGAGAUUGGUAAGAAUAAGCAGCCUCACGCGUCGGUGUGUGGAGAUGUGAAGUUGGCAUUGCAGGGUAUUAAUGAGCUCUUGGAAAGCAAGGACUCUAAGAGUAAGCUGGAUUUCAAGGCCUGGAGAGAGGAGUUGAAUGAACAGAAAAUGAAGUAUCCAUUGACAUACAAGACAUUUGGAGAAGCGAUUCCACCGCAGCAUGCCAUCCAGGUUCUGGAUGAAUUAACUAAUGGGGAAGCAAUAAUUAGCACAGGGGUUGGUCAGCAUCAGAUGUGGGCUGCUCAGCACUACAAGUACAAGAAACCACGGCAGUGGUUGACUUCUGCUGGACUUGGAGCGAUGGGUUUCGGUUUGCCUGCUGCUAUGGGUGCUGCUGUUGCCAAUCCAGGGGCUGUUGUCGUGGAUAUUGAUGGUGACGGAAGCUUUAUAAUGAAUGUGCAAGAGUUGGCUACAAUUCGAGUGGAGAAUUUGCCAGUGAAGAUCAUGCUUCUGAACAAUCAGCACCUGGGUAUGGUUGUACAGUGGGAAGAUCGGUUCUAUAAAGCUAACAGAGCUCAUACAUAUCUAGGUGACCCGUCGAGGGAAUCCGAGAUAUUCCCCAACAUGUUGAAGUUUGCUGAAGCUUGCGGAAUUCCAGCAUCUCGGGUAACAAGAAUUGCAGAUCUCAGAGCGGCAAUACAAAAAAUGCUGGACACACCGGGACCUUACUUGUUGGAUGUGAUUGUGCCUCAUCAGGAGCAUGUUCUGCCCAUGAUUCCGAGUGGCGGUUCAUUCAAAGAUGUGAUCACUGAGGGUGAUGGAAGAACGAAAUACUAA